AUGCCACUGAUAAUCAUGUGUGGAUACCCCUGUAGUGGCAAAAGCCGUCGAGCCGAUGAACUGAAAGAAUACUUUACACAAAAUACCGACAGGAAAGUGCAUAUUGUUGGCGAUGAGGUCCUUGGGAUUGACAAGAACUCAGUGUAUGCCGACUCGCAAAGUGAGAAAAACGUACGGGCUGCUUUACGAGCGGAGGUUGAGAGGAAAGUCAACAAAGACGAUAUUGUGAUCUUGGAUUCCCUAAAUUACAUUAAAGGUUACAGAUAUGAACUGUUUUGUUUAAUCAAGCAUGCACAGACACCCCACUGUUUGGUUUACUGUUUGACAUCAGCUGAAGUAAGCACAGAAUGGAACAGAGCAAGAGAAACUGGAGUCCAGUACACUCAAGAAAUACUAGAUGCACUUAUUUUGAGAUUUGAGGCACCAGAUUCGAGAAACCGGUGGGAUAGUCCACUCUUUACCAUUCAAAAAGAGGAUACUCUUCCUUCUGAGGCCAUUUCUGAUGCCAUCUUCAAAAGGAAAGCACCUCCCCCUAACCAGUCAACGCAGAGUCAACCAUUGUCAUCCACCAACUUUUUAUACGAGUUGGACAAAGUCACCCAAGAUAUCCUAAUGACAGUUCUGGAAUCUCAGAAAACCAGCGUUCCGGGCGAUCUCAUCUCCAUUCCAGGAGCUACGGAAAAGAUAGCACUAACAAGAAGUCUUAACAUGGCUGAGCUUAGGAAGCUUCGCCGACAGUUCAUCAGUUACACAAAGAUGCAUCCUACUGAGAACAUUGGGCAGCUUGCCAAUAUGUUUGUUCAGUAUCUUAACAAGAGCAUGCACUGACAACCAGUCAG